AGGAAACGCAGGAGACGAGUUGAGGAAGCGCGUGUUUGCGUGCUAACAGCGCAUGCUAGCUCCCCCAAAAACAACAAAACAACAUAAUUUGACAUUUAUUCCUCAGUUUUACAGGAGACACUUUGCACUGAUGGAGGCUGUCGGUUUAACGGAGAGAAUAAACGACCCGAGCCUCCCUCUGUCGUCCCUUCGCCUCCUGGCGCCCCCGCUGCAGCUCCUGUCUGCUGCCAUGUGGCAGCUGGCGAAGCAGAAAGACGUGCUGAAUUAUGAGAAGCUGCAGGAGUUUGUGCUCACGGUGACCGAGGCCAUCCCCGGACUGAUUAACCACAGACAGAGAGCCCAGCUCAUUCUGGGUUUAAGAGCGAGGUUGAUUUUGGAGCUUUGCAAAGGCUCAACUCGAGGUUCGGUUGAUUCACAAGUGAUCCAGAGCUACUUGGAUAGACUCCCGAUAACGUCUGCAAACACAGAUUACAGGGAUGCAGAGGUGAAAACAACAGAGUCCACUUUCAUUGCACUCGUCCAGAGUCUGCUGAAAGAUCCAGUGGAGAGAGCAUAUUUCUUCCAGGAAGUGUUUCCAGUGGAAUAUGGGUCGCAAUAUGACGCUGCUCUGCACGUGUUACUAUGGGAGCUGCUCUCAAAACUGGAAAAGCUGCUUCCGGUACCAGACUUAAAGCAGACUGCAGCCUGGCUCGGCUCGGCUCCUCCUGUGUUGGAGGAAUGUGCUCAGUCGUUACCCGAAGAGCUGAGUUCAAUCUUCGGGCACUACAAAAGUUCAGGACUACUGAAAAUGCCAUAUGGACCUUCGUCAACCAUUGGUAGCUGCAUCAUGUCUGCGUUAUCCAUUCCUCCCUCACAAAAGACAAACAUCUCUGUCGGACUCGAAUCAAUCCACAACUAUGCAAACGUCCUAAACCCGGUCACCUUUAUUGGAACUGACCAAUACAGCGUUGUGGCCGUCUACACUGAAAUGGAAGUGGAAGCGUCUGAGGUGGAAAUGAUCGAGUCGGCUGAAGUGCAAGUUCAAACGGAUUUCUACGAAGAAGAGAUAGUGGCCGUUAGUGCCGAUAACGGCGGCGUCGAGGAGGCUACCAGCACGAGGCCAGAGGAAACGAGUGAAGCUGUGGAUGUCGCCAAAGCUCUGGAGACUCUGACGAAAACCUUUGCACUAAGGAAGGAGAGCCUCAGUCAAGAUGUACAGACAGGAAAGAGCAAUGAUUCAUCCCUUAAUGAUGAACUCGGGUCAGGAGAUGCACCAGAUGAAGGACACAAAACAAGCAACCAAACCGACGAGAAAAGAGAAAACGCCGUUGAAGAGAUGACGGAGGAUUUGAACUCUUGUACAGACUUGAACGAUAACCACGAAUCCUUCUCUGUCCACGAGGAAACGGAGGAUACCACCGGUGAAGAUCCGGUCUGUGAAGAAGCACGGCAGUCUCCCGGUUCAGCUAACGUGCGCCGAUCCACUCGUCUACAAAUGAAGCCGUCACCCAGCUGGCACGAGAUCUGUAAAGUCAAGAGGUCGUCCGGGGAAAUCAGCGAAGAACCACAAAUGAGCAGUGCUGAUGUAUCAGUUGCCCCGUCUGUUAUAGCCGUUAAAGGAAUCGACAAAGGUGAUUCGGACGAGAUGACGUCGAUCAUCUUCACCUGCUCGCAGUGUCCUUACCACAUUUCCGACGACAACAGUCCUCCUCACUUCCACAUGCAGAGCGUUCGCACUGAGGUGUACAGGACUCUCUCGGGGGUCAAAUUUAUGCCGUCUCCUUCCAGCACAGAUGAAAUUUUUACCUCUAUUAAACUUUUCCCCAAAGGGAACACGGAGCAGAGCAAACAAACGGAACCUGACGAUCAAAGCAAAGUGUUACAAAGCAAACAGAAGGCCCUCACGUGUGAAACAUGCAGUAAGACGUUUACCAGGACGUCGGACGUCAGGAGACACCAGCUCACGCACACCGGAGAGAGACCGUUUCACUGCUCGCAGUGCGACCGAACCUUCCAGCACUCGUGGGAUCUGGCCAAACACGAGAGUAAACAUCACGCCAUUUCGUUCUCCUGCCAGGUGUGUCAAAGCUCCUUCACUAACCUCCGCGCACUCACCGUCCACCACAAGAAGUCUCACUCGCAGGAGAGCCAGCUUCCUCAGAUCUGCUCCAUCUGCAGCCAGAGCUUCCCAACUUCCUCUGACUUGUUCGAGCACAGGAAGUCUCACGUCACCAGUAAGCGCUACAUCUGCCACCAGUGCGGCGAAGGCUUCGACUCCUUGCUCGCACGCUCCCAGCACCGGCAAGUUCACCAAGUGAAGCGCCAAUUUAAGUGUCCGCAUUGCGAGAAGACGUACACUCGGAGAUCUGACGUGAAGAGGCAUCUGUCUACCCACACCGGGGAGAGACCUUACCAGUGUAACCAGUGCAGCAAGCGCUUCUCACUCCGCUUUAUGCUUGUUAAACACCUCCGUGUUCACACAGGCGAGCGGCCUUUCCAAUGCUCCCACUGCCCCAAGAGGUUCACGCUGGUGUCUGUGCUAGCCAGACACGAGAGGAUGCACACCGGGGAGAAACCUUUCCUCUGCUCUCAGUGCGGGAAGGGAUUUCUGUCGCAGGGAGAGCUUUCAAAACAUCACAGGUCACACGUGGACGACAGGCCCUACUCCUGCCCUCAGUGUGACAAACGAUUCAAGAGUAAGAAAACCCAGCAGGAGCACAUCAUCUCCCACGCCGGCGCCCGCCCAUACCCCUGCACCUACUGCGGGAAGGGCUUCACCAAACCAUACGCGCUGACAAGACACAACCUCAUUCACACAGGAGAGAGGCCGUUCCCCUGCGGACACUGCGAGAAGUCGUUCCUCACCCUCAGCGAGGCUCAGUUGCACCAGCGCAUUCACACGGGCGAGAGGCCGUAUCCGUGCAACCUCUGCGAGCUCAAGUUCAAGAGCUCGUCGGAGCUGGCGCGACACAAGCACAGCCAUUCUGGGCUAAAGCCGCAGAAACCGUGCUGCGAGCGCUGCGCGAAGACGUUCACAUCCAAGGCCAAGCUGAAGAAACACAUGGAGACACACGGGGAAGAAGAAGAAGCAGCGCAGUCGAUACAAUCGAAUAAUUAAUCACGGAGACGAUGUCAGUUCAGAUUUUUAGCUUAAUCAAAUUUAACAAGUUCUGAUCAUGAGAGACGUGUCCACUACUACAUGUCUCAACUUUACUGACUUUCAAGUGUGGACGAUGUUUGGCCCCGUUACAUCCUUCAACCAUUGACAGAAAACUGAUCUUUAAACACAAAUCAUUCAGACGUAUCAUUGUUUUAUAUGUGCGGCUUUAUUCCCUCAGCUCCAGUUUGCUUUGAGGUUUGCAACAGUAAAAUUACAAUUAUGUCUAACACCAAUAAUUGUUUUUUUUGACAUCACAGGUGAGUAAAAUUGUUUAUUAAAUAAAUUU